AUCUCAGUCUCAAAAGGUCUCAGAUCAUUCUCUCACUCGCUCACUCAACUCAGCAAUGGCGAGUCGACUCGUGCUCCUCCUCACACUCACCGCCUUCCUCUUCCUCCUCUCCUCCCGCCCAGUUCUCUCCAAGGACGCCUCCGUGGACGACGACGACGAGGAUCUCAGCUUCCUCGAAGAGCCAACCGAGCCGGGCCACGCCGCGCCGCGCUAUCCGGAUCCGGACCAAUUCGACGCCGACAACUUCGACGACGCCGAGGACGGCGACGACUUCUCCGAUUUCGACGAGGGCGAUCAGGACGCCUACAAGGAGCCGGCGGUCGACGAGAAGGACGUCGUCGUUUUGAAGGCGGCCAACUUCAGCGAGACGAUCAAGAAGAACAAGUUCGUGCUGGUUGAGUUCUACGCGCCGUGGUGCGGUCACUGCCAGGCGCUGGCUCCGGAGUACGCGGCGGCGGCGACGGAGCUGAAAGGCGGAGAUGUGGUUUUGGCCAAAAUUGAUGCGACGGAGGAGAAUGAGUUGACUCAGGAGUAUGAUGUGCAGGGUUUUCCGACGAUAUUCUUCUUCAGCGACAGCGUCCACAAGCCUUAUACUGGCCAAAGGACUAAGGAGGCUAUUGUGACGUGGAUCAAGAAGAAGACCGGGCCUGGUAUCUCUAAUGUGACUACAGUGGAGGAUGCAGAGGGCAUUUUGACUUCCGAGACGAAAUUCGUUGUGGGAUUCCUCAACUCUUUGGUGGGUCCUGAGAGUGAUGAGCUUUCUGCUGCUUCAAGACUUGAGGAUGAUGUCAACUUCUACCAGACAGUGGAUCCAAAGGUUGCAAAAGUUUUCCAUAUUGAUGCAGACGUCAAACGCCCAGCACUGGUCCUGAUAAAGAAAGAGGAUGAGAAGCUAAGCCAUUUCGACGGUAAAUUUGACAAGUCUGCAAUCGCUGAGUUUGUCUUUGCAAACAAGCUUCCUUUGGUUGUUACAUUUACUAGGGAGAAUGCUCCCUCCAUUUUUGAAAGUGAAAUUAAGAAACAGCUGUUGCUCUUCGCCACUGCAAAGGACUCAAAGAAGGUUCUCCCAGAGUUUGUAGAGGCAGCAAAGUUAUUCAAAGGAAAGCUUAUCUUUGUAUACGUGGAAACGGAUAAUGAAGAUGUCGGAAAGCCAGUUUCAGAUUAUUUUGGUGUCACUGGUGAUGCUCCAACGGUUCUUGGAUACACUGGAAAUGACGAUGCUAGGAAGUUUAUUCUUGACAAAGAAGCGACCUUGGCUAACAUAAAGGCUUUUGGGGAGGACUUCCUUGAGGAUAAACUCAAAGCUUUUUAUAAGUCGGACCCGAUCCCUGAAACUAAUGAUGGAGAUGUGAAAAUAGUGGUUGGAAAUAACUUUGAUGAUAUUGUCUUGGAUGAGUCAAAGGAUGUUAUUCUUGAGAUUUAUGCACCCUGGUGCGGGCAUUGCCAAUCUCUUGAACCAACAUACAACAAGCUUGCCAAACAUCUACGAGGCAUCGAGUCUAUUGUGAUAGCUAAGAUGGACGGAACCACUAAUGAGCAUCCCAGGGCAAAGGCUGAUGGGUUCCCCACACUUCUAUUCUUCCCAGCUGGAAAUAAGAGCUUUGAUCCUAUUACGGUAGACUCUGACCGUACAGUGGUGGCGUUCUACAAGUUCCUCAAGAAACACGCAUCAAUCCCUUUCAAGCUCCAAAAGCCGACUUCAACUCCAAAAUCUGAGGAGUCUGAUGCUAAAGAGAGUCAGACAAGUAGCACUAACGAUGUUAAAGAUGAGUUGUGAUGAGUCGGAUUUUUGUAAGCUAAAAUUUCUGUCUAUUAUGUGCCAUCAUCAUCAUCAUCAUCAUCAGUGUGUUAGACAAAAGGGAUAGUUUUAUCAGAGAAGAAAUAGAGACCUGACCAGAGGGAAAAGAGAAUCUUAAACUGCAGUUCAAACCCCCAAUCAAUUGUGUGCUCGAAAAACAUCGGGGCAGAAGGGAUUAGGUGUUUCAGCGAAGCCAGUUUUUUGUUAAUUUUGUAUGCUAUAAAUUAAAAGAACUCAUGAUGAAAUUUUAAUAAGAUGUGCUUUUCUUGGUUUAAGAA